AUUUAUUUAGAUGUAUAGAUGUACUACAAUUUAGGAAAAGAAGGAAAAAGACUAAAAAGCAAAUGUUGAGUGUUGGCAAGUGAACAUUUCAGAUUUCACCAUUUUUAGUCUUUCUCCAUCAAAAAAGAGUUAGCUCUGUCUUCGCCUACCUGCUUCUGCCAAGGGAAAAAAUUUCCCUCAACUCCAUGGCGACUGCAGUGGGUUUGAGCCAUAUUGGGCUCCUUAAUUACGGCUCAAGUCCUAAUUACAAGAUCUCGUAUGGAAGAUUUGAUUCUCUUGUUUCAACAUCUUCAGUUCAGUUCCGUCCUAUCCGUGCUGUGCAAGAUAACGUGGGACCUAGAAGACUGGUAGACAUCAUUCGCACUAUACCAGAUCUAUCAAACAACUAUUUCAAGAAACCUUCUCGAAGGGCACUCUUUGGGGGAAUUGCCUUAUUAGGUGGAUUUUAUGUGGCACAAACAAUUUCUUUGUCUUUUGGAGCUUUAGGUGUCAAUGACGUUAUUGCUGCGGUCUUGUGUGUGCUCCUUACUGAAUAUGCAACCAAAUUUUACUAUAGUCGAUCUAAGGUAACAUUUCCCAUUGCCCUUCUGAACAAUUUCAAGAUGGGUUUCACAUAUGGUCUAUUUAUUGAUGCUUUCAAACUUGCUAGUUGACCCGGGAUUUGGUGUCAAUGGACAAUGAUACCUUGUUGUACAUACUUCCAGAUAUUAGUUUCCACCUAUAUACAAUAUUUUGAUCCUGUAACAUUCUCUUUCUGAAUUCUGAAAAUAUGAUUACUGUUACUUCCUUGAA